AUGGCUGCCCAAAACGUUAUUAUUGAAUCUUGUGAUAAAACAAAUUUCACUGUAACAGAAGAUUGUGCCAAGCAAUCUGUCCUUGUCCAAAAUCUUAUGAAAGAAAGAUCAUCAGCUGAUGAACCAAUUCCAAUUACUAGUGUUUCUAAAGAAAUUAUGGAACACAUUAUUAGAUGGAUGAAUUACCAUAACGAACAUCCACAUAUGUACAAUGAUACUCCAGAAGAUAGAUGUAGACUUUCAAAGCUUCAUCCAUGGGAUAUUCAAUUUUGUGAUGAAUUAGAAAAAGAUACUCUUUUUGGAGUUUUUCAUGGUGCUAUUUUCAUGCAAAUUCCAAUGCUUAUUGAAUCAUGUGCUCGUUGCGUUGCAAAACAUUUAGUUGGAAAAUCACCAGCAGAAAUGAGAGAAUAUUUGAAUGAAGCAGAUGAAUAUACUCCAGAAGAACUUGAAGAACUUAAGAAGAAAUUUGCUCAUUAA